UCCCACCCUAGUCACAUCCUGGCCUAACCAAAAUAGAGAAUAAAAACCUCUCAAUGGCAAGGGAGUGACAGUACCAAAGACUUGUCAUUGUAGAACUGUGUCCUCUUGUGUUAGAUUGUUUUUUCAGAAUAAGUUCAAUGUGUGUAGAUGUUGGACACACUAAUGAUCACUGUUCAGUCAGUAUACGUUGUACAAUCAAAUUCUAAAGUUAAAUAUCACACAACUCAUUUCAGCCUCAUCUCAUGGUAAAUCUAAUCCUAAACCUUGUAGGCUAAGCCUACGUGCACUGAGUUCGGUCUGAUAUGUCAGCUUCCUGCAUUUAGAUGGGUUAAAACUCACACACACAGAGCUGUACAUUUCAGUGUAGAGAAACACACUGUAACAUUCAGAUACACACAAACCAAGAUAACAAGGAUGGCCGUGUCUGUCAGUGCAGGGGAUUCUGAAAUCAUUGAGGUUGAAACAAACCUUUCUGAGGAUUCGGCAAACUACUUCAAUAUGAAGAUAAACAGAGCAAAAAAAACCGAGGCAUUCCAAAAAUCGGGUAAGAGAGCAAUUGCACUUUAGCCUACACUAUUGUGUUUGUUGGCUGCUAAAAUGGGAAGGUGGAAUAUUUGAACCACAGUCCUUGCAUCCCCAAAGCUUUCUUGCUAUAGAAGGUCCAGAUUCGCUAGCAUUGUAAAAUGGAUGUGCGUUGUAAUAUUUUCCGACACAUCGCUGUUCUUUCUUCUUUUCCUUGUAUUUGUGUCAGUAUUGAUUUCAUUGUCAAAAAAUAAAUGAAGACUAAAAACCAUGGGCUGGUUGCCCAGACACAGAUUUAAAGACCUGGAUUAAAAAUGUGAAUAUCCUUUGUUUUUUAGGUGAAAUACUAGGUAUAAUCUGGGUCUGGGAAACUGGACCUAUGAGUUUUUGAAGUCAGUAACUCCACUCCAACCAUGUUCACUGAUACAGGGGCUGUGUCCCCAAAUGUCACCAUAUCCCAUAUGUGGUGCAUUACUUUUGACCCAAGCUCUAUGUGCCCUGGUAAAAAGUAGUGUACUACAUAGAGAAUAGGGUGCAGUUUGGGGCGCAGCCAGGUUAAAUGUGUGUUGGUCCUCAGGUCCUGCAGGUAAAAUGCUCUAUAUACUGGUUGGUGUCAGCUUUGGGCUGAUGUGUGUUCUGCAAGUCACUCUGAACAUCUCCUUGCGUCUUGCCCACUGUGAGUUGAAUUACUUCUGUUUAUACCCCAAAAUAAAUGUGCCUAUGAUAUUACUCAUGCACACUCCAACUGGUAGAAAGCACUUUCAUGUUUUCAUAUUUUCUCCUGAUCUCUGUGUGAAAGAAUGGAGGACGUUUAACACCAGCUUGUACUACAUCUCCAACGACUAUAAAACUUGGGAAGACAGCAGACAGGACUGUCUGAAAAGAGGAGCAGACCUGGCAGUCAUAAACAGCGAAGAGGAACAGGUGUUUAUCAGUCAACUGAACACCAAGCCCUGGAUAGGUCUGACUGACAAGGAUUCUGAGGGGACCUGGAAAUGGGUGGACGGAACCCCACUGACCACAGCGUUUUGGUCUACUGAAGAGCCUAAUGAUCGAGCUGUGAAUGGAGAGGACUGUGUCAGCCUUUAUUACCAUACCCAGCCUGCAUUGAAGAACUGGAAUGACCUAGCAUGCAACACAGCAUUUAUGUGGAUCUGUGAGAUUGUAAAUGGCUGAUCCACAGACAAACAGACACUCAGAUUCUGUAAAUACACACAUGCAGGGAGACACACACACACACACACACACACUACACACCCACUCACUCACACACACAGCUUUGACUUUUUAGGAGGUAAGAAUGUAUACACACCCUUAGAGAUAGCUUUUUUUAUACAUGUAUUCUUGUUUCUUGUUUAUAAUACAUGAAUUACAGAUGUUAUUUGGCAUUUUAAGUAUUUGCUUUACUGUUAUUAGCCAUUACUGGAUUGCAUUCACUGUGGAACCAUUUUCACAAGUAUGUGGUACAUUUCCAUAACGCAGUACAAAACUCCAAACUGGUCACACUUGUAACGGAGCCGGUCUUUCAUUAAAAACUUGUCAUUGUGCAUUCAUUUGGAUUGUAAACAUCUCUCACCACAUAACCAUUGAUUCAACAUAUACGUUUAUUGUGAAAUGUAAUGAGAAGAUUGAUUUAAUCACCAGAUCACAACAUAAUGAUACAGUAUCUUUUUAAUUGACUCGUUUUAACUACUAGUUAAUGCAAUAGCAAGCAAUGCAAGAUACGUGUUUCAAAUGGACCUUAGAAGUGCUGAUAGUAAUAUGCUACAGUUCUGUAAGUUACAGUAGAUUACACAGUUUUCACAUUAGGCAAUACACUUACAUUUCCCCAACAA